ACUUCUCGGGAGUCAUCAAUGGUACACUAUGGAGACUUUAGGUGAAAUGCCUGCAGAGACUCUUACCUUCGGCGACCUGUAUUCCCACUGCAGUAUCGACGGUGACAAACUCCAGUGCAGCAGUGCCAGGGGUGAGAGCCGGAUAAACAUUCCCAUAGCGGACAUACUCUGUAUACUCUCAGAUGGGAAUGUUUCACGGGGAUACAUAGUCGUCUUUCUUAAGGAGACCGGAUCACCCAGUACCCCACCAGAACUUGAAAGAAUAUACCUUCAGACCGCGCUACCAACAGUGUUAUCCGACCAUUUACUUACUGAAGUACCAGACCAUCUCAACUACGACUGUCAUAUAAUCGUUUCCACUGCAUCUGGGACAGGAAGGGCCAAAGUACUAUCUGGUAUACUUCAACAACUUCUCGCGUGGAUCGGCCUCAAUCGGUUUACGGUUCACGAGACACAGUCAGCUCAGACAAUAACUGAGUUGUGUCAUUCUUUGUUCAUCCCGCAGGCCGAAGCGGGUAUCCAACAAACCAAGGUUCUACUGUCUGGAGAUGGUGGACUCUGCGAUAUUAUUGAUGCAUUCCAUAGUACGCCGAAAAGCAUCCAAGCGAUACCGAACAUAGCCCUUAUCCCUGCCGGCACUGGCAAUGCCAUGGCGAAUUCCAUUGGGCUGAUGGUUCUUCCUAAAAACCCACUAAUGGCACUGCUGCGCGGAAAACCUAUUCCUCUACCCGUUUUCGUUGCUACGUUCUCCGACGGAGCGCGCUAUGUCCAGGGAGACAGUUCCCGCGUUUCGAGGAUAUAUGGAUGUGUUGUUGCCAGUUGGGGGAUACAUGCCUCGCUAGUUGCAGAUAGCGACACAGUCGAAUAUCGCAAGUUUGGAGCCGACAGAUUCAAAAUGGCUGCAAAAGAGCUCCUUUUCCCAUCGGACGGUAGCGAGGCCCACAAAUACAGUGGCACUAUAACCUUGCUCAAGAGAGAUGGCCAACAAUGUCUCGAGCAUGAACUGGUUUUAGAGCAUAAGGAACAUGCAUAUGUGCUGGCAACAUUAGUGUCAAAUCUCGAGAAAGAUUUCAAAAUCUCUCCAAACUCUGCCGCACUUGAUGGUGCUUUGAGGAUCGUUCAUUUCAGCCCAAUGCCAUCUCAGCGGGUAAUGCAGCUGCUAUCUGCUGCGUACCAAGACGGGCAGCACGUCAAAGACAAUGAUGUCAUGUACUGCGAGAUUGAAGGUUUGAGAAUUGAUUUUCAUGAAGUAGACGAGAACUGGAGGCGUGUGUGCAUCGACGGUAGGGUGGUUGUCAUUGAGGAAGAAGGCUGGAUGAGUGUGCGCAAGGAAGGCAGGUCAUUGGUGGCCCUCCUUUGGUCAGGGCGUUAA